AUUCACCACUCCAUUACGAGAAUUGUAACAUUAUCUGAGUGUCAAAGGUCGUAUUAAUGCGAUACAUUCAGAUACAAAAUAUAUGACUGUAUUCAGUACUCCGACACAAUGCUUUCCAGUUACAUACUUCAAAUUUUGUGCAUCAGUUUGGUGCAGUGUAGAACCAUUUAUUUGGAGCUAAACUCCCCUACGCUUGACGAGGUCAAUUUUUUGCUACAAUAUGGAUACUUAUCGAAAGAUUUGGCCGGAGUUGGCUACACUUACACGUCACAAUCUAUUUCCGAAGCGGUCAAGAAAAUGCAGGCCUUCGCAGGGCUACCACAAACAGGAGUACUGGAUGAACCAACUAAGCAGUUAUUCAAAAGAAAAAGAUGCGGUUUGAAAGAUAUAGAUGAAGACUCGCACGCAAGAAAUCGCAGAUACAUUAUACAAGAAGGAUGGAAUAAACGCGAGGUCACUUACAGACUCCUGAAUGGUUCAAGUACAAUGAGCAAGGAUCGCAUAGAAAGGCUUCUAGAGAAUGGUUUGGAGGUUUGGGCGCCCCACGGGAACCUCCACUUCACGAAACUAGAUGAAGGCAAAGCGGACAUACAAGUUUAUUUCGCUUCCGGCAACCAUGGAGACGGGUUCCCCUUCGAUGGCCCUGGUCGAGUAGUGGCUCACGCGUUUCCACCGCCACUCGGCGAUAUACAUUUUGAUGAUGACGAGACCUGGGGAGUUGAGUCUGAUAUAUCUGAAGACGGAGAAGAAGACAUCACGGACUUCUUCGCGGUGGCCGUCCACGAGAUCGGACACUCUCUGGGCAUGUCACAUUCUAACGUCAAAUCUUCUGUUAUGUAUCCAUAUUAUCAGCUGCCCGUUGACAAGCUACACGUGGACGACAUAUUGGGCAUGCAAGAGUUGUACUUAAACGUAAAAGGUUCUGAAGAAUCAGAGGGCACCGAACGCACGGUAGGGUCGUCGCAGGCGCCCAGGUUCACGAAGACGGACAGCGAGGAGUUCGAUGACGCGCCCGACCUAUGCAUGACCAACUACGACACCUUGCAAGUCAUACACGGCAAAAUAUACGUGUUCGAAGAAGAGUGGGUCACAGUUCUUCGUGAUAGAAACGUCAGAGAGCCCGGGUACCCGAAGAGAUUCCAUGAGCUUUUCAUUGGUCUCCCGUCCAGCAUCAAAGUUAUACGGACCAUCUAUGAGAAACACGAUCGGAACGUUGUCGUCUUUUCAGAAAACAAAUACUGGGAGUUCAGUCCGUCAUUCCGUCUGAUGAGGCGUGGCUCUCUCACGGAUUACUCCAUCCCGGACAACGUUACAGAGUUGACCACAGUGUUCAUAUCCAAUUACAACAACAGGACAUAUCUGAUCGAGGAGGAAAGGUAUUGGCGGUACGAUGAACUAACCGGUACGAUGGAUGAAGAUUACCCAAAGGAUAUGUCGACAUGGCGGGACGUACCGUACCCUGUCGAUGCUGCUAUUGUUUGGAAAGAAGACACAUUCUUCUUCCAAGGUCCUCGUUUUUGGCGCUUUGAUAACAACCUCGUCCGAGCACACGAGUACUACCCGCUCCCGACCGCACAGAUAUGGUUCGACUGCGAAUCCAACUUCGAAAUGACCUACUACACCAUCAACGACGGACCAUAAGCUGUAGACACUUGGCGCAUUGACGAGCGGUCCACGGGCUCGUAGACGUGCCAAUACCCGCCUUGAUAACCCGCACUACAGUACAACACGAUACGUCUUGGUUGGAGUUAUACAUAUCUUAAUAUCAAUGUCAUCAGACGUAACCACACGAAACCAAGUCACAAUUUGUAUUUUUUCUAACUUCCAAAGUUCUAUUCUUCAAACUGGUAAUCAUAGCUGCUUCGCAACAGUAAUAGGCAAGAUGGUGGUGCAUACCCGUGCGAGCUCGCUAUACGUUCUCCGUCAGAAAAAUAAUAAUGCAUAUGCUACCGGUGCUAGGACCUCUUGUGAGUCCGCACGAUCCAGAGAUCCUCCACUUCGAUAAAGCGGCACGACACGAGAAUCCUCUCAUCGUGGCCGCCGGUAACUACAUUCCCGAUCCUGCGGACAGAAUGGAAAGCAGCCGGAUGUCGCCCAAAACACGUCAUCUCGGAUCCUCCCGAUCCACUAACGGGGCUUCUAGGUACCUCAAGCACCGGUCACCGUUCUCGUCGAACCCGUCGCUUGCGACGAAGGGCUCGACGAGUAAAUUAACCCUCAGACACAUCCCACUGAGUUUCUCGCCGGAUCUUCUCAGUGGGUCGCGUUUCCGAUCCGGCGGUAGAUUCUGCGAAGCGCGGCUCUUGCUAGGGUUCGUGUUAGCAACGUCGUCAGGUUUGAGCCCCGUGAGCUUACCCACUAGUUAAGGUUACGCUGGAAUAGCCUCUCAAGGCUACCAGCUUAGGUAGGAAAAAAAAAAGUCCGCGCGGGUAGAUACCACCACCCUGCCUAUUUCUGCCGUGAAGCAGUAAUGCAUUUCGGUUUGAAGGGUGAGGCGGCCGUUGUACUAUAGACUGAAACCUUAGAAUUAUUAUCUCAAGGUAGGUGACAGCGUUUACGUUGUAGACGUCUAUGGGCUCCAGUAACUUAACAUCAGGUGGACCGUGAACUUGUUUACACAGCUAAACCAAACAAAACUACAAUCGCCACAUGCUCAACUCCGCUCCUGAAUUUAAUGCUAAUUAAGUUUAAGUGAAUAAUAUCAAUAAAUAAACAAAUUAAGAAUAUAA